AUGGAUUUGAACCCAGGAAUGAAAUUUGAUGAUUUUGAUUUCUUUUUCUCCCUUCAAGGCAAUACCCCACGUUCCCACGGGUCGGAAAAACGCCCCACGUGCAGCACCCGAUCUCAGCUAGAGCUGGAGAUGGACGCGGAUAAGGGGAAGCAACGCCAGUACUCGCAGAGGAUGGCGGAGCCUCGCUUCAACAACCCCUACUUCUGGCCUCCCCCCCCCACCAUGCCCAGCCAGCUGGACAACCUGGUCCUGAUCAACAAAAUCAAGGAGCAGUUGAUGGCGGAGAAGAUCCGCCCCCCACACCUGCCUCCCACCUCGGUGGCCUCGCAGCAGCCCCUUCUGGUGCCCCCCUCACCUGCUGAGAGCAGCCAGUCCAUCAUGUCCCUGCCAAAGCUGCAGCAGGUGCCGGGACUGCACCCCCAGGCCGUGCCCCAGCCUGACGUGGCCCUGCAUGCCCGGCCAGCCACCAGCACCGUCACAGGGCUGGGGCUGGCGUCCCGUGCACCGGCCGUCAGCACCUCGGAAUCCAGCCCAGGAACAGGGACCACCACCCCCUCGACCCCCACCUCCACCAGUCAGAGCCGCCUCAUCGCCUCCUCGCCCACCCUAAUCUCAGGAAUCACCAGCCCCCCCCUCCUCGACUCCAUCAAGACAAUCCAGGGCCACGGCUUGCUGGGAGCGCCCAAGGCUGAGCGGGGCCGCAAAAAGAUCAAGGCAGAAAACCCUUCGGGACCACCAGUGCUGGUGGUUCCCUACCCCAUCCUGGCCUCAGGGGAGACGGCCAAAGAGGGGAAGACGUACAGGUGUAAGGUCUGCCCCUUGACGUUCUUCACCAAGUCGGAGAUGCAGAUCCACUCCAAGUCGCACACAGAGGCCAAGCCCCACAAGUGCCCCCACUGCUCCAAGUCCUUCGCCAAUGCCUCCUACCUGGCCCAGCACCUGCGCAUCCACCUGGGCGUCAAACCCUACCACUGCUCCUACUGUGAGAAGUCCUUCCGCCAGCUCUCCCACCUCCAGCAGCACACCCGAAUCCACACUGGUGACAGACCCUACAAGUGCCCACACCCUGGCUGUGAGAAGGCCUUCACCCAGCUCUCCAACCUCCAGUCCCACCAGCGCCAGCACAACAAGGAUAAGCCCUACAAGUGCCCCAACUGCUACCGGGCCUACACAGACUCGGCCUCGCUGCAGAUCCACCUGUCUGCACACGCCAUCAAGCACGCCAAGGCCUAUUGCUGCAGCAUGUGCGGCCGUGCCUACACCUCGGAGACCUAUCUGAUGAAGCACAUGUCCAAACACACGGUGGUCGAGCACCUGGUCAGCCAGCACUCGCCGCAGCGGACGGAGUCGCCCGGCAUUCCUGUACGGAUCUCCCUCAUCUAAGCGGGAAGGGCACAGGACCCCCACAGCAUGAGGAGGAGGAAGAGGAGGAGGAGGAAGAGGAGAAGGAGAAGGAGGAGGAGGAGGACAUGACCCCCAGCGCCGCGGGCCGUGCCCGGGCCGUGCUCCUCCCCGGCUCCCGCAGGUUUGGUGACAUCCAAAGACGGUUUCAGAGCACUUUGAAUCUCUGCGGUUUGGUUUCUUUGGGGGUGGCAGUAGGGGUGGGGGUGUCCCCCCUGCCAGGCCCCGCCCCCCACUUUUGGAUACAAAUAUAUAUAUAUAUUUAUUGGCCAAGAAUUUGGUGCUGCUAAAGACCAGAAAUUCACCCCAAAAACGAACCGUGGAUGGAGCAAAAAGCAGCUGGGGGAGGGGGAAGUCCCACCACCCCCCCGCCCCCUCAGACUCUGGGCCCAAGCGCCUCCAUUUGGGGUUGAUUUUUAACCAUUUUGGGGUUUUUUUGUGUUCUUUUGGAGUCCCUUUCGAGGGCGAAGCCGUGGGCAGAGCUGUGUCCCCCCGGGGACAGCCCCCCGCAUUCCACAGCCCCAGUUUUGGGGGGUUUGGGGGUCCCCCUGCUUUGCCUUGUGCCUGCCUGUACAUACCCCCUGUAUAGAGCUGGGGGGCACUCCCCUCAAACUCAUCUAUAUUCUGUACUUUUUGGUUCAUUUUGGAUAUUAACUGUGU